AUGUCGGCCUACUCUCCAGGAGUGAGCUCCUCGGGCGGAGCCUACUCGCCCGGCGUCUCCUCCGGCUCUGGCUCCAGCGGUAGCUGCUCCGGCUCGUGUUUCGAUCCCGACCAGCUCAAGUAUCAGUAUCUGCAGGGCUACUUCAAUGCACACAUGCUUCCGCCUUCCUCUUACCGCUAUGUCUACCUGCUAUGGUUCGUGACCAUCCUAGUAUGCCUCGUUCUUGGCACUUUCCACAUGAUCGGCGUCGGCGAUAGGUCCUACAUUGGCGCCAAAUGGAAGCGAUGGGCAACAAAGAACCGCGUCUACAAGCUCGGAAAGCGCCUCGACAUCCACGGCAACCUCAUCCAAAAGGACAGCAAAGGCUUCGCCCGUGCCUAUGCACCUCUUGCCCAACGCCGCAUCUUCACCUUUCCCAGCUUUGGACGCAUCGUUCUCCUCUUCUUCAUGCUGGCUGUGCCCAUCGUUUUAACACUCGUCGGCGCAGACUUUAUCGGGCCCAACGUCAGCGUCUUUGACUUUUCUCAAAGCUGGCCAUCCCAGACCACCAACAUGGCCGGCCUCUCUCGUCGAUCCCAACACACGCUGCACAAGCGCGUACAGUGGGGCCAGGGCUCCUAUCCUCGAGUCACCACCUAUCCGCCUUAUCUCACGCUGCCCUAUCGGACCUGGUGGACAUCCGGCGACCGUACCGGUGACAUCACCAUGGGCUUGGUUCCCAUCGUCCUCAUCAUGGCGCUCAAGCAGGUACCUUUUGCUCUGCUUUCGACGCGCUUCUUUGGCGGCUACUCUUUCGAUCGACUUUCCUUCCUUCACAAGUGGGGAGGCAGGAUCAUCUGGCUCUUUGGCACCGCGCAUCUUGUGACAUGGUGCAUUCAGCUCAACAAGGACACACGUAUCGGCGAGCCUGUCUGGUCCUUUGUCUUCAUGUGGACCAAGUUCCGAUGGGGCUGGGUCUCGUACGGCUUUCUCACCGCCAUGAUUGUUCUCUCCAUUGGCCCCAUCCGCAAUCGCUUCUACGAAUGGUUCUACGUUGCUCAUGUUGUCACCGUCGCCGGCUUCAUGAUCACUGCCAUGCUCCACCACCCUCCGCUCGCAAAGUGGAUGUACAUCCCGCUCGCAUGGUGGGUCGCAGAGCGUCUCUCUAGGGCGCUCAAGGUUGCCUGGAUCAACGGUCUCGGCUUUGCUGGGCGCAAACCUCAAUUUGCCCUGGCGCCAAAGCCCCAGAUGCCGCAUUCUCAUUCCGCCACCUGGUCCGAAGCGCCACAGCGCUACCCGCGCCGGCCGUCAGCGCCCCCUCUGCACCAGCAGCGCAGCUCCAACUACCACAGUCAAUUUUUUGGCCCGCAUCAGCAGCACAUGGGCCAUGACCGGGGUUUCAGCUCUCACGGCCCCGCCAGCAGACCCACUACGGCUUUUGACGGUUCGACGCGGGGCCACGAUACCAUUGCGAGCUCCUCUUCCUCGCACAAGCAGGCGCCUCAAUCGCGCCUCAGCUCCGAGUACGAGCACACGCUUGUCAACUCCAUCCCAGACACGGAAGCUCGCAAGUUGUCGAGUCCUCCUGUGAGCGACUGCCCGGGCGAGCUAUUGACCGCCCACCCUCUGGACGGACGCAAAGAUUCCAGCACCGAUUGCAAAGUCAAUGGCCUGGAGAGGAGAGCGACACGCGCCAGUGCUCGAUACGAUCCAGUCAACGACCUCAUCCAAGACUACAUCCCUUCUCGGCUGUCCAAUUACGACGUAUACCCGCCGCCCCCCACAGAAGCGCUGCCGCCACUGCCACAACAGUACGCACAGUACGCAAAGCAACCGAGUGCCGACGCAAAGUACUCGCUCCAAGAUCCUGCCGAAUCUCGACCACCGCCUCCAGCACCACCAUCAGCGUUUUCGCCGCCGCAAGAGGGCCCAUGGCGCAGCGAAUCCUCGGCAGCGCUGUCGGCGAGGCCAUCCACCAUGUUCAGCCUCACGUCUAGCGCAGUGCCACGUCAGCUCAAGCCGCGUCCCGCCAUGUCUUCGGACGUGGCUGCCGUCAUCCGCCCGGGCUUUGCCUUCGUCCAGAUGCUGCCUGGAAAGACGCUGAGACUGACGCUGCGAACGCCCAACAAAGUGUCGUGGAAGCCAGGGCAGUGGGUCUACCUCAACAUCCCUAGCGUCCGCUUUUGGGAGUCGCAUCCCUUCACCAUUGCCUCUGCGCACGAUGCCGAUUUCCCCGUCGCCACCGAAUUUGUCGAUGCCGACGCCGAGAAGGGGCUGGCUCAUGCGCAAAAGGUCAAGGGAGAGGAACGCACCAUGGUCUUGCUCGUUCGAUGCCGACGUGGCUUCACACGUCAGCUUUGGAACUUUGUCACCAAGAAGCGGCAGAUGCAGAUCCAAGCCGCUGCCGACGCUCAGCACGGCACAGGCAUGUAUGGCAUGCCCGACACAGCAAUGGUGCCAGCGCUCGGCAAGGAUACCACGGGCGUGCACAUCCGUGCCAUUGUCGAUGGUCCGUACGGCUCUGCGGACCGAACGCAUUGGGGGAUCCACUCUACCGUCGUCAUCGUCUGCGGUGGGUCCGGUGUCAGCUUUGGCAUGUCCAUUCUCGAGCACUUGUGCGCAUGCAUUGCGGGUGCCAUGAAGUUCGGCAAGGGUGGCAAGGGAGGAAAGAAGUUCCUGACGCAGAGGGUUCGCUUCGUGUGGAUCAUGCGCGAGUUUUCGCAUCUGCAGUGGAUUGCAGCUGCGCUCCGCAGAUGCAUAGAAAUGGUGCCUCCCGAGCAUCUGCAGGUCGACUUGUUUGUGACGCACUUCAACCACCAUUCAGCGUUGCCGGGUCCACCGAGAAGCGAAUACGGCGGCGGCGGACGGAGCCAGGAUUUUGGUUCGUACAAGUCCGAGUUUGGCGGUGCAUCCAGCUACGACAGCCGGCACGCCCACACGCUGUCGAGCGGAGACGCGAUCUACUCGAGGGCUGCUCGGUUCACAGAAGGCCCCGAGCAGGACGAGUAUGACAUUACAGCUUAUGACCUGACCCACUUCGACGGCGAGGACCAGAGUGCGCCGACAGCCAUGGAAGAGGAGAUGAAUAAGCGCAUUCGCUCGGAGGGCAAGUUGCGCCGUGCCAAGACGCGACGCAACACGAUCAAGCGCAAAGGUGGACGAGGCGCCAAGCAGGCCGAUGUGGAGGUGAAUCACGAUGAGCAGGUGAUGGAGUCGCAGCGGGCCAUGUACGAGGAGCGUCAUGGACUUGGCGGGCCGCAGCAGCCGUAUGAGCCAGAGCGGCGACCCUUGGAUGGACCUUGGCCAUCGGAGUAUGGACGAAGCGGGCCGGAUGCAGCAGCUUACUACCCGCGGCUACAGCAUGCGCCACUCGAGCAGGAUCUGGGUGAUGCCAGGGGUCGGACUUUCAGCGGAAAUGGGUUGGAAGGGACGGCAUGGUCACCUGAGCGAGGGGACGGAACUCGACCUCGCCUGCUCGGCGACGCUGAAAGCAGCAGACAAUUCUCGCCGCCCAACUCAGCCGGUCUGCUGCUGCCGCACAGUGCCGCCGCGGUGGAUGCGAAUUUGGGCCCGUUGUCUGCCUAUAUUUCGCCGAGUCCAUCUCGACGGGGGUCGUCGCACACCGAACUGUUGCCGCCUCCGUCUUUCGGCGCGGCUUCUGGUGCCAGCACUCCGCGUUUGUCGCCGUCACCGCUCGCGACGCCGUGCGGCAGCGAGUACCCGCUGCGCCCCGACGUAGAAACUGGUAAUGGCUCAACGCUCAACCUGCUCAACACGGCCGUUCCGCCAGCCACCUCGCCCAAAUCCCCGCUCGACGAUGCACCGAUCGACUUGGACGCGGAAGAAGAUCUGGAUCUGCGCGUCAUCGCCGAACUCGCUCAGCCGGGCCAUCCUAAGCUGGAUCGCAUCAUCCGGCAAGAGGUUGAGGCGAGCCAAGGCAGGACGCUUGUUGCAGGCUGCGGUCCCAAGUCGCUCGAUAUCGUGUUGAGGAGCAUUGUUAGCAAGCAGAUCGAUCCGAAGAAGGUGAGGCACGGCGAUACGAGAGGCAUUGUUAAUGUUGUUAGCGAAUGCUUCGAGUGGGGCGGUUGA